GCAUAUUCUCCAUGUGCACUUCUUCCACUUUCGUAAAUAAAUUUUGCUUGCAAAACUGAAAGACAUUAGUUUUAACAGAAAAUGUUGUUUUACUCAUUCUUCAAGUCGUUGGUCGGCAAAGAUGUAGUGGUGGAGCUUAAAAACGAUCUCAGCAUAUGUGGAACUUUACAUUCGGUGGACCAAUAUCUGAAUAUUAAACUCACCGACAUAAGUGUGACUGAUCCGGAAAAGUAUCCCCACAUGUUGUCGGUGAAAAAUUGCUUCAUACGUGGUUCCGUGGUGCGCUAUGUCCAAUUGCCGGGUGAUGAGGUCGAUACAACCCUGUUGCAAGAUGCAGCUCGCAAGGAAGCGGUUAGCUCCAGAUGAAACCUCCCAGAUGAUUGCUAUCACAUGCUUUAUAAACUUUUUAAAAUUGGACUUCUGCUUUUGUAUGGAGAAUGAAAAGGCACUUUGAUUAAAUUAUAAGAAUAACUAAAUUCCACUAACUUUGAGAGAAGUAAUAAUUGUUAGAUACGCGGCCAAAGCUUGCAGGCAAAUAUUUGCAUACCAUUCGAAAAGGGCAAAAGUUCAAGAACCUAAUAAAGGCAUUUGUUUUCAAAAAGAA